CCUAGGUCUUUUUAUUAAUUGUUUUAUUCUUAUUUUAAUUUAGACUUUAUUUUUAUCCAAAUUUCGUGACAUAAUUUAGUUUUUCCGUACCUUGAAAGCUAGAUUGAAUAUCAUCUCCCUGUGGAUUCGACCCUACUUACCUUACUACAUUGUUAGUUGGUUUUGUUAGGAAUUUAUUUUUGACAGGUGUACGACAACCUAUCACUCCAUCAAAAUUACAUUACUUUGCCGCAUUUCAAAUGGUCAAUUUCAGGUGAAAUACCAAAUAUUUAAUGAAAUCAACUACGAGUAUUACCCAGAAAACAAUUGUAUAUCAAAACUGCCAUGAUUUGCACAAAAUGAACACAUAAAGCGUAUAUGAUCCAAUAAUCACAAAAAAAAAAAAAAAAAAAAAAUAUUGUACAUCAAAACUGCCAUGAUUUGCACAAAAUGAACACAUAAAGCGUAUAUGAUCCAAUAAUCACAAAUAAAAAACAAAAAAACACAAGCAAAUAAUUAGGUUACAAAAUCCUAAAUUAUAAGAGAGAAAAUUAUCAUGGUACCUCUAUUUAGAACUAUUGAAAGCACCAUAAUAGUUUAUUCAGCAAAAACAAAACUAUAUCUAAUUGAAUGUAACAUUUAAAUAACGAAUAUCAAUAAAAAUGAAAUAAACUGAGAGCAAUCCCUUAAAACACUCGAUCAACAAAGAGAAAGCAGUGAAGAUAGCUAGGAAGGUAAGAGUAGAGAGAGAAACUGAAAGAAGAAAAUAAAGAAUGGAUUUGAAAACUGUAAAAAAAAAAUAAAAAAAAUAAAGGCAAACAGGAUUCACAGAUGCAAGUCCAUAUUGAAGUGCUUAACUUGCUUUAUAUGUACCGAUUUACAACAUCCUUAUUCCGAGUCUAAAUAAUACAGAAAAAAACAUUCAUAGUUGGAGAAAUAGUGACAAUUCUAGUAUAUUGGGUUUUUUUAAAUAUUUGUCAUCCUUAAUACUACUACAAACAAACAAUGAACAUUAAAAUUAAUUUAAUUUUUGAUAUUGGAUUGUGGGGUUCCAUAUACUCGAAUCAAUCAAACCUACUUGGCGCGUAAUUUCCAAUUAAAAAUUAGAAAAAAAUUAAAAACAAAAUUAUGGAAGAAAUAAGUAAUGAAUUACCCAGAUCCAAAUCCUCUAAAAGAUACCCUUUUCUUUUGUACUGUUCUUGUAAAUUACAAUCAUCAUCAUCAUUUCCCCCACUUUUUUUUUUCUUUUUGUUUUUUUUUCCUCUCCUUUGUCAGCUGCUGUGUUUUUGUCUAAUUUGCUGAAGAAAUUUGAGGAAAGUUUGAAUCUUUUUAUUUUUUUAGAAUUUUUUUGAGAAGGGGUGAUGGAAACUUCUGGAAUUGAGCUCAUAGAAUCUGAUGCUGUUCUUGUUAAUCAUCAGGGUGAACACAUUGAUGAGAGCUCUUUAGCUCGUCAAUCAAGACGUCCAAACCUAUCUCGUCUGCAAAUUCCAGCUAGGUCUCUAGAGAAUGUGCUCUCUAAUAUGAAAAACACAGAUAUUCUUACCUUUUCAAGUCCGUCUUCCACCAGAGCGGGGUUGCCACCAAGACCUUGCUCAACCGGGAUCAAAUCAUCUGUGAGAAACAUGCUUCCACAGAGAAGCCUCUGCUCAAAGACUUGCUCUCAGGAUGGUGAAAAGACAUUCCUAAUUUUCUCAAACAUACCAAAGUCUGACACUACUAUGGACAAGCCUUCUACUUCAAGGUCAUUCUCUCUAAACAAGGUUUUUUCUUCUCCUUCAACCAAGAGAGCAUGUUCAUUACCAGUUACACCCAUUGCAAAUUCAGGUCCCCAGUCUGGGCAGGAAAGGGAUGUGUAUCCUGUCAACCAUCUUAUUGACUCAAACCAAGAAGCACAGCUGCCAAUGAAACGCUCAUUUUCUGUUCCAGUUAAUGUAAAAAAUGCAAGCUUAAAAAGAGUGGGUUCUACAGGAGGUGUAAUCCGUGUUGUUCCAGUGACACCUCAUCAAGUGGAAGUUGAUACUUCUUUGCCAAAUGAUGCUGCAACUGGAGAAAGUGGUAAUAAAGAUGCCAGUGAAGACAUCCCUGAAGAAGAAGCUGUAUGUAGAAUAUGUUUGGUUGAGUUAGGGGAAGAAGGCGUUACAUUUAAGUUGGAGUGCAGCUGCAAAGGUGAGCUUGCACUUGCUCACAAGGAAUGUGCUGUAAAGUGGUUUACUAUCAAAGGAAAUAAAAUAUGUGAUGUCUGCAAGCAAGAUGUGAGAAAUCUACCAGUGACUUUGUUGAGGCUACCAACUCCUCGUCCUGUCCAGACCAGGCCACCGAUCAUCAGAGAGAAUACACAAGUCCCGCAUACCAGGAUCUGGCAUGAUAUUCCAGUUCUUGUGUUAGUGAGCAUGCUAGCGUAUUUUUGCUUUUUGGAGCAACUUCUGGUGUCAGAUCUUGGCGCACGUGCUCUAGCCAUAUCAUUACCUUUUGCGUGUGUUCUUGGUCUUCUAUCUGCCAUGAUAGCAUCUACCAUAGUUAACAAGGGAUACAUUUGGGCAUAUGCUUCGUUCCAGUUUGCAAUUGUGCUCCUUUUUGCUCAUAUCUUCUAUACUGUACUUAAUGUUGCUCCACUUCUGUCUGUUCUUCUUUCCUCAUUUACUGGAUUUGGAAUUGCAAUAAGCACAAAUGCGCUAAUUGUGGAAUGCCUUAGAUGGAGAGCAAGUUCUUCUGAGCCAUUUUUUCAUCCUACAAACAGAAGCAGGCAGCCAAGGCAACACCUUCGAGAUCAUCAUCAUCAUCAUCAUCAUAAUCAACAUAUCCACCAGCAUCAACACCGCAUGCAUCAUCAACCUGUGCAUGUUCAAGAAGUCUCGUUGGGGCCCAUGGAUAAUAUAAGAUCAUAAGAAACUGUGAUAAUGCAUCCACUGUCCUGAGACAGAUGUGAAAUGAUGUUUAUCGAAGUGGUCUCCUAUGUACCGAACAUGAAUACCAAAGAUAGAAUGACAGCUGCUCGGUUCUUAUAGAGAUUGUACCUUAAAGUGACGUCUGCACCAUCAAUGCAACACUAACUGCUUAAAUUCUACAAGAUGACGGAGUUCUUGAAAGAAAGACUGUUACCUACCAAGACCAGUCGUGCCUAGAGGUACAGUGUACACCAAAAUUCUUGCUAGCUGCUUCGUUCUCCAAUGUCCUCAUUCCUCACCACGUUGUACAAAAAGGGAUUUCAAAACCUUGUAAUCUUGAGCUCUAGCCUAUGUUUCGGGGGGAAAAUGCUUCAGGAUGCCUGCUGCCUUUUCCUCUCCCUUCGUCUCCCUCCAGUUUUUUUUUUUUUUUUUUUUUUUUUUUUUUUUUUUUUUCUUUUGUAAUGAGGGAGAUGGGGUGGGAUACUCUCCAAAACCUGGACAGUCCAGUAACUAGAUUUUUGUUUGACGGAGAGAAGCCUUUGAUGGGAGUAUUAUGGAUGCAUACAUGGAGCAUUGUACAGUGUUGUGUGCUUACUUUUUAGGCCUUAUAAACUCACCACUUUGUCUUCUAUUGCUCUUUAUAAGUUGCUUUCAUCUCCGCUUUGGUCAUAUUGUGUAACAAGAACCACAAAGAGUAUUAUGUAGACGAAAUUCAAUCUAAGGGUAUUACCCCCAAGAUUUUAAUAUACUAAAUUAGUCGGCAUUCACUUUGAUAAAUGAAGCUUUUACAACACA